CGCGCGUCUCUUAACAAGGCCAAGCUUGUACAAUCACAUGACAGUCAACAACGUGAUUCCUGCUGAAAUCAAUUAGCUAAGUGAAUUUACAAAGUCUGCGGUCGCUAGAAUGAAGAGACUACGGAGAAUCUUAUAAUGUCUGUUUGGAGGAGCAGGCUUGUUUUUGGCCCCUGACAACGCAAUUACAGCCCCGCCGAUUGUCGUGUGUGUGCAUUAAGUACCUCCCCCAGAACGAGGCCGAUUAAUGAAGGGGCUCCUCGGGGGCCGAAGAAGAAGCCCCAGGCACCCACACACAGGAGAGGAACUGUUGUUAGGGGUCAGGCCGCUACACAUGCUCCAUAUUAAUGCAGAAUACAAAAUAUGAAUCUUUGAAGAAUGACCUGGCUAUCCGUGUUCAUAUAAUGAAAGUGAAUGGGGAUAAGGAAUGCAGAAGUGGCGCAUGCAGUCCAUACCUGCAGGUUUGGAACAACAUGAGGCUUGACAUUCUUUCCCCAUUCAUUUCUGCUGCUUUGGAAAAGAGAAGCAAGACCAUUUUGCUAAACUUCUUGCAUGCUCUUCAGAAGAAAAAGUCAUUGAGGCAUGCAUUCCCGCACCAACAGGACUUGGGUACUGCUACAGAAAUAAAGAUGAGACCGUAAAUAGUAUGACACUAGCCACAGUCGUUUCUCCCUAAUCAGCUGAAACUACAGUGCCAAGUCAGAGCUUCUGCCACUGAGAAGAACACUGCAUCAUUUAAAGAGGAACUCCCCUGGACAUGCCUCAAAAUUACUGUACAAGAAAAGUGCUGACUCUGAAGAGGCUUUUUAUAUUUAUGAAUAAAUUGCUCUGUGGAAGAGGAGAGAAGAAAAGGAGGCAGGCAGCAAGAGGCCGAGAUUUACACUGUUCACUAUCCUAGAGAUUGCAGUCAGCAGUUUGCGUCACCUGUUUACCCCUGAUUCUUUGCUCUCAUUGGAUUUGAAUGGCUAAUGAGGGACGAAAGAAAGACAUGAACAUCUUGGAUGACAUGGGGUUUGAUCCAUGGAAUGACUGUGUCCAUGCAUUUUUAAUAGCAUGAAUAACAUCAAGUAGUAUAUGUUUAUAGGGUCCUGAUGGGAGCUCUUUUGUCCAGUCUGAGGUUGAGUAAAGUGCCGGCUGCGGUGGUGUGACAGAAGCGACUGUGUGAUUGAAGAUGCUGGGGUUGGAGAGGCUGUUGGCAGCUAUAUUUCAGCGUGGAGAUGGAUGGACUUCAUGAUGCGAGUUUUGCGUCAGGACUCUGUUCGUCUUGGCUUUGGGCUGAUGGCGAAAUCCAGCACCUGUUGUGUGACACACAUGUAGGACAACCUUUUCAUGGCCCCCAUGUGUUGAUCAGCAGUGAAGCUGGAUAUCUGUGGCAAUUGUUACGUGACAGUAUUAACGUGAUUGAUUCAAAGGCUGAACAGCGGGGCCUUCAUGUGAUAACAUCUGACAUGGGAAAAGGGGUUAUGACAGACUGGAUGACACAUGUCAGGAGAAAGACAUCUGGUGCUGAACCAAGUAACAUGGAUGAAUUCCUUUGACAAAUUUGAUGCUGUGCCUUUGCUUUUUAAAAGGGCACCAAGUACACCAGGAAAAUAAUUGCCUGAUGGCCCUUUAGAAAAUGGUUCAUGAUGCCCGUGUCACGAGAUUGAUUCAAGAAGAAAAGGUGGUCCGAGCAACUAACAUGAAAUCAAUGAGAGACUGAUGUGGUAUUAACGCAGGCCGUUUUCGCCUCUGCUCUCGUGGUGUGGAGCAGCUAAACAGCUCAAAGCCAGCAGGAGCUCGACAAGCCAGAAAUGUGACAUUUUGAAUGUGCUCCAAGUACCUGCAGACAUCCAGUGUUUUAUUUAAAAUCAAUGUUUAGCCUGGAACAGCCUGCUUAAGAGUUUUGACUGUUAUGUGGCAAUUUGUUUUCUUUAUGUUUCCAUCUCUCUCGUUCGGUACCUUUUGCGUUUUCUGUCACGUUGUUGGAAGUUUAAAAAUAUUGCAUUGUUGCGUAGACAUUUGUCCCAAAAAUGUCAUGUUGUUGUGCAGAAACGUUUAAUAUUACUUCUUUCAAAAAUGUUUUUUUUUUUUUUAACUUACUGACCCCAAACAUUUUAUUUUAAAACUUUUUUUCCUAAAAUAAGCAAUGAGAGUAUCAGUGAUUAGUAUUUACGAUCAUUUUUAUUAUUAUUAUUGUAGUAAGUAAAUAUUGUAUAUAUAAAAGAAAAUAUAAAGUUUAAUCUUAAUUUUAUGAUUAACCCCACCCCACUUGCUUGGUUUUGAAUCAAAAUGGUUGACUUAAUGCCCAUUCAUUCAGUGUAAAUCAAAUGAGUGUGUGACAGGCGAUGAAAACAGUUCACUGGGUUUAAGUUUUGUUAACCAAGGAGAAUACUUCCUCGGCCCUGUGGGCAUGUUAAAAUUCAUGACUUCUGAAUUUUAUUCAUAAGGCCCAACCUUGAUGAAGCUGUCAGGGCUAGAAGACACACGAGGGGUCAGACGUACGCUUUCAAACACGCAUGACCUCACGUUGAUGAGCCUAAUUCACACAUCCUCAAGGCCUUUCCCCUGAGCCCACCAAUCACAAUAGCCUCCUACUUGACCUACGACCCUCCACGGGGGUCUCCCAUUGGCUGCGUAGUGAAAGGAAAGCGGGAGACAUCCCUGCUGCUCAUCUCCAUCACAAUGGCAGCAUAUGUUUGUGGGCAUUUGAGCGCAUGGAUCUGGCAGAGUCCAUAUUAGACUGACGACAGAGACCAGGUGCCUGAACCCCACACACAUGGAGACGAAAGGGAAAGUCAACAGUGUUUUCUAAUGGAAGUGAGGUGAAGGAGAGCGAGGAGGAGGAGGAAGAGAGGGUGAAGGCGAGUUUAGCUUGCAUAGCAGGCUCUUCCUCUAUCAUGGGCCGGGCAGCUGCCGGACCCAUCCAGGAGCAUCACUCACCUGCUAAUGAACAUAUCAGUCCAGUCCAAGCACCCUCCCAGACGCUCCUCACACAGCCAUGAAGAAGAGGGGUGAGGAAAGGCUAACCAAGUUAGCUGCUCUCAGGCGGCUUGGAUGGAGAAGACAGAUUGAGGAUGAUGCAAAUGGAGCUCACAGCAUUGAUCCAGACACACCCGGCUCCUCGCCAUCCAUCAUAAGACCAACACUCCCCUCACGCUGCUCAAGGUCCACGCGUCCUCCUUUCCGCUUUUAGCCACUCAGGACUAUCAGCUAGAUGCUUGAUCGAACAAGUGCCAACCAUAUUGGCAGGAUAUUUAUGAUUGACAUCUGGAUGAAAACCAGUAUGGACAAAGCAGUGGAUGAAAAUAAAGAGAUCCCUGACCUCUGGCCCUCUGUUAUCUUACUGAAGUGGCCUCUGGGUCUGUGGAAGUGCUGCUCAGUGCCCUGGGGAGAGGUCUGCAUGAGUCUGGACCCAUCAGAGAUGCAUUCACCACUGAGAGAGAGAGGGAGAGAGAGAGAGCACAAUCCAGACAUGGGGGAAGACAGACUCAACAAUUCUGGGAAACCAGAGCAGGAGAGGAAGUGUAAGCAUGCAAAACUGAGAAAACCAAGGCCGCAUUUGAAAGAGCCUUCGAAUUAGGACAGCCUUCGUCAGGCCACGGUGAUGCAGUCGGCCUUCGAAUGCGGCCUUCAAAGGAUGCAGCCUCUGAAUUGGGACGCAGCCAAUGACUGAGGAGAGGUUCACUAUAGUUCAUUUAUUAGAACAACCUGAAAGAUACCAAAAUUAGUUUCAGAAGGAUCUGUUAUGUACAACAUCUCUUGCGUCAGCCCUGUAGUUUAUUGCGAGGCGGAAUGAAGCAUUUCACUUCUGGCUUACUUUCCCCAUCUCUCAAUCUUGGUUCCGGCCCUGGCUAUGGAGUCUCGUCAGUCUGUGGCUGGGCCAGCCUGAGCCAAGGAGCAUCUUGCAGAGGGUAAUCCAUCUCCAUCACUUAAAUGAUUAUCCCCAUUAAUCUGGUGUAAACUAAUAAAGUCAACUGUGGCACUGCUUGCCUGAACUUCAUUAAGUCUUUAGUACGUUUAAUAUGUCUUAAUGUCCUCAGCUCUCCUGCUGCUGCAGAUCACCUGGCAUGCCGGUCCCCAGAGAGCCGCCUGAGAGAUUGAGGCCAUUUGUGCCAUGUUUUGUUUCCUUUAUUUUCCUCGCUCUCAUUCUUCGUGUGAUAUAGUGUCUGUUGGUAUGACAUACAAAGAGCUAGACGGAGGAAAGAAGGGUGGGAAAGAGGAAAAAAGAGAAUGAGAGGAAGAGAAAGACAUCAGUGCAGGAGAUUUAAUUUGCCCAGCCAGACCUCAGAUGGGCCCCCGCAGUCAAGGGUUUAAUUUGGCUUAUCGCGUUAUAAAAGACGACCCAGGCCCUGUAAUCAAUCAUCGGCCUGUCAGCAGGAAAGGCAGUUGUUGUAAGCAAGUAUGACUUCCCAACAUGAGUCCGUUUUAAUUGCCACCAAAUUGACUGCUUUGUUGUUUUUUGGGGAUGUACUAAAAGUUUGUUCAAUUAAAGCCAACAAAAGCAGCGCAUCAUUAUUGUUGUCCCCUGCCCUGCCCCCUUCUCUUCCGAGGGGGCCGCUGACGGUGGUUACGCAGCUAUCGUGGGUCAUGUUGACAUCUGAAUGAAGCGAACGCGUUUCCCCCGUAAGCCCGACGAGUGGCGCCUGCGCAAUGUUAGGACCUGACACUGUUUACUGGGCUGAAGGAUGUCAAGCUGCCGCUGACCAUUACCCAGCUAAAGAGAUCAUAACUCUCUCCCAGCUUCUUCUUGACAAAAUAAGUGCUAUCUCCAAUAAAUAAAAAGAUAAAGUGCAAGAUGAAUACAUCUGUAUUGCUUAUGGACAGAAAUUGAUGUGCCCUAAUUCAUCAUGUCACUAUUUUCUCUUUUCCGAGGUUGCAGUAUGCAGAGAAAAAUGUCUUUCCCAGAUGAAUGGCUGCUGUUUUUGGAAGUGUGUAUUAUUCUGGAAACAGAAUCACAGAGAGUGCUGCAUCAAUGUAGAUGUACUACUUGAAGCUGUCAGCAGCAGGGCUGUACGCUCUCGACUGCGCUCAGAGAUGCAGCUGAUGGAAGUGGCGCCAGUGAGCGCCGAUGGAUCAGAUGUCAAGCAUUACACAGUUGUCCUGUGCUGAAUUGGGAAUUCCAGUGAGUUUCAUUGAACGUCGUGGAUUCUUUAGCCAAUUGGGUCUCUCACCCCAGAAUUGGAGGCUUAAUUUUACCCAGCCUCUUUGGCAUUUUGAUUGAUGUUCCCGUGGCUCCAUCCGGCAUAUCUAUAAGGGUAAAGGGAGGCAGUAAAAAAGACAAUCGUCUGUAGUUCAGUCUUUCUCACACAUGCACUCAACGCAAUUAGAUAACGACAACUCUGGACUAAACUGCGUUUUAGUUGCUGUAUGAUAACUGGGGUGACGUGGAGGAUCCUGUAGGCUCGCAGGAGCGCGCGCCUCUCCACACCAUGGAUCAUAUGGGAGCGCAUCUCCACCAUACGCACGCAGACACCAUCAGUUUUGGGAUCGAUCAGAUUCUUAACAAUGCAGACCAGGGGAGCUGCAUGAUUUCCAACCCCAGAAUGCAGGACCUGGACUACGGUUUGGGCUGCAUAGUCAGCACAGCCUACAAUACCAUGACUGGCAACUACAGCGUCAAUAACUCGGCUGGAUACAAUGGAAACUCGUGUAGCGUCGGUUCCCUCAACGGCUCGUACAACAUGAACUUGGGCACGAAUGUUAAUGGGAAUUGCCUUAAUUCUUCGGGAGUGAUCCGGGUUCCAGCGCACCGGCCGCUGGGCAGCGUUCACUCGUCCAUUCCCACCAACGCUUCCACGGUGCCAAGUAUGGGAAGCAUGGGCACCAUUAACAAUCUCACGGGAUUAACGUUUCCGUGGAUGGAGAGUAACAGGAGAUAUACCAAAGACAGAUUUACAGUGGCCCUCUCACCGUUCACUGUAACACGCCGUAUAGGUCACCCGUAUCAGAACCGAACCCCUCCGAAGAAGAAGAAGCCCCGAACGUCGUUCACGCGCCUCCAGAUCUGUGAGCUGGAGAAACGCUUCCACCGUCAGAAGUAUUUGGCGUCAGCUGAGAGGGCCGCCUUAGCGAAAGCACUUAAAAUGACUGAUGCGCAGGUCAAAACAUGGUUCCAGAACAGAAGAACUAAAUGGAGGCGGCAGACAGCGGAGGAGAGAGAAGCAGAGCGACAACAAGCGAACCGAAUUCUUAUGCAACUUCAACAAGAGGCUUUUCAAAAGACUAUAAACCAGCCUGUUACUCCGGACCCAAUCUGCCUUCACAACAGCUCUCUGUUCGCACUUCAGAACCUCCAGCCCUGGACUGAGAACACGGCGAAAAUCAGUAGCGUUCCCAACACUGAUUAAGAUGGGAGACUUUUGUGGACGUGGGAUGUACAGAGGAAUAUCUCAACAUCAGAUUGUUUUCUUCUUUUUAACGUAAAAUUAAUCUUUCAUUUGUAAUAUGCAACUUGUAAAAACGGUUAAAAUAUACUUGCCGCUCUCCGUUGCAGUCGUGCAGAAUAAUCUUUUUUUAAGGCUAAUUGAUUUCAUCUUUUCGUUUUCAAAAUGCAACGAUCAGAAUGUAAGCAUAAAAGCAUAUAUUUCAUUUGUACCUUAAACAUUCAUUUUAUUUUGUACACUUCCAAUAGCCUAACGUUUGUGGUAACACUUUAAUAACUUUUAGCUAUUAAUAAGUUUAAUAAGUCACAAAAUAUUACAAAUAAAAUAUUAACAAAUAGAAACAAAAGGACGAAUCUUCAUAAAAAUAUGGGCUUUUCCCCCAAAAGCAUAGUAUUAAGUAGACCUAUUAAAAAUUCGUCACAGAACUAAAUGUGUUGUACAUUAAAUAAAUCUUAAGGACACCUGCAGGACAACCGCAAAAUUACAAGUAAACUUAAUAGUUUAUCAAAUUAUCUUACAAUUAAAGCUACAUUAUCACUGCAUACUUUAUUACUACUAGGAAAAUAUGAUGACAGAUAAAUAAAUAAAUUGGCCAUAUUUACCAUUUAGCUCAUUGGUAUCUUAGCACAUCAAACUCUCGCGCAAUGCAUUACUGUCACCAUUAUGACUGCACACUAGGCUACUUUGAGUGAAAAAACACUGCUUGAUUGGUGAAUCUAAAGCGAAACGCUACCUCUCUGUUGUGGCAUGAAAAUAAGCAUCGUUAUAGGCUAACCUUGUCACGGCCUUGCUGAAAGGAAUGAAGACCGUCCCCAAGUUUACCCCGAGAAGCUUGCACCCACAAUCGAGUGAAAACGAAAGAGUCGUGAGUGUUCACGGACCUCCUUGCCAUGACAAUGUUUACACUUUCAGACCACCUAAAAGUUUCGCCGCGACUCCCUCUUUGGCUAAGUUGUAGGCCUAUGUAAAAGUAGGCUUAAAAUACUGACAAAAUUAAAGUUAAUAUUAUGUGUCUAAUUACUUUGAAUAGGCCUAAUUUAAACAUCUAAUUAGGUCUAUAUUAAUAUGAGGUGAACAGACUUUUGCGCGUAAAACAUGUUCUCGUGUUGUAAAAACAACGAACUCUAGUAAAUUCAUACACUCUUAAAAAUGUUUCUUUAUUGGCAUUCCAUGAACUCAGAGGUUCUUUGGUGGAAGGUUCUAUAGCAUCACUUUUAGAACCUUUAGAGUGUAGCCUACUUGGAGGAAUGAAAAUAUAAGGCCAAACAAGCUUAAUUAACUAUUUGAAUAAACUGUAUUUAAAUCAACUGUAAUCAACUAAUGAACGUAAUGUUAUGAACAAAGUUAUUAUAAAGUGUUACCAAUUUAUUUUUCAGAUAUCUUUUUUUCAUAAUCGUGAUGUAGGCUAUGCUUACAUAGAGGGAUUGCAUUUUUGCACGUUUGUUAAUUGAAACUUUCAACAAAUUCGUGAAUUAAACAUAGGCCAGGAAAAAUGGGCCUAUAUGAUUUUACAUAAAAAUCAUUCUUUAUGCUUGUGAUAAACGAGACUCAUUUUUUCACCGUGAAGACGGACGCGUGAUAGCUAAUUAAAGCACUUGUUAGGCUAUAUGUUGUUGCUACUUUCCAGAAAGUUUAUUCGUUGUCAAAUAUGUACUUUUUUUAAACAUUUGUAUUACAUUUAAGUUUUUCGUUUUCUGGAUAGUUUGUCUUUUCUAACUUAAAUGUUCUCGGGAACCUUCAGACACAGCCAUUUAUUUUGUCCAAAUAUGCUAUUCGAACUAGAUAGCCUACAAAUGAAAUAACGAAAUAUCGAAAUAUGUGUUCAGUAACACCUGUACACCUAGGCCUACAACUCUACAUUUUUUGUUUGAAUUUUAAUUUUACACAUCCAACAGUUUAUCAAAGCAGAUCAACGUGGUAGCACUGUUAUGCUUAUUAUUCGUUUAUAUUGAAAUAUAAACUUGUGAUUACAAGAUUUUUAUUUGUCCUUUAUUUUCUUCGAAGAUGGCGUGACCUAUAUAAAAUAUAUUUUAUUAUAGCUUGAUAUGAACGAUUAAAUAUCUAUGGUCAUGUCUCAGCCUGGGUCAUUCUGACUGUUCGAUUUGUUU